AAACUUUGAGAGCAUUUAACUAACAUUUGGAUAAAAUAAUAAAAAUCCAGGGGUCGAAACUUGAUGUUGAAUAAUAGUAUGUAGUAGCAUUUAGAAUAUCAAAUUGUGCUUGAAUAUAAACUUUACUCAAAAUAAAAUUAAAAAUUACCCCAAACUAAUAUUUGCGGGACAAAAGAUAGCAUUUGAUUAUGGACCGAUUCUUUUUAAAAAUAAAGAUUAACCAAUGAGUUUCAAAUUUAGAAAGGUAGUUUUGCCCAUUUUUUUCCACAGAAUUAUUUACAACUCACAAAAUUUCCAUUUUUUAAAAAUUUAAUAUGAUCAAAUACAAUUCAAUUUCGAAUAUAUUUUCUUAAACACUUUUCUUUUUUUAAAUAGUAGUUGAUCCAUUCUUUUCACGUCAUUUUCAUACAAAAAAUAUUUCCUCAUAUACUAUAAUAGUAAUAAUAAUAAUAAAAAGAAAUAGGAAAAUCAAUGGAGAAAACCACGUGCCAUAAAAUGAUAAACUCUUGGUCUAAUGACAAGAUAUGCACCGACUGUUUAUAUUCUCCAAAAAAAUAAUGUUAGCGUAGUUUUUACAUUCUAAUUAAUUAAACAUAUUAGUAGCAAAUUCCCUAGCCUCAUAUAAUCCCAUAUCAUUUCAACAAUUUCUCAAAAUACUUGAAAAAUAAAAACAUAAAAAAUGGCAGUUGUGAUAAUCGAUGGAUCAACAGUUCGAGACUUUGUUUACAACGAAGAAGCAUUCACAAAGGCAAUAGAUAAAGGAUUUACCGAUUUAGACCUCAAUAACGACGGCGUUUUAUCCCGAUCGGAGCUUCGUAAAGCGUUCGAGUCUCUCCGGCUCAUCGAAUCUCACUUCGGCGUCGACGUCGCUGCUACGCCGGAGGAACUCACUAACCUCUACGAUUCGAUAUUCGAGAAAUUCGAUUGCGAUCACAACGGUACGGUGGAUAGGGAGGAGUUUGGGAAUGAGAUGAGGAAAAUUAUGCUGGCGAUUGCUGAUGGACUUGGUACUUCGCCCAUUCAAAUGGCGCUUGAUGAUAGUGACCAGAGUUUGAUUAAGCAAGCUGCUGAUCUCGAAGCUUCUAAGCUUCAUGCUGCCUAGUAUAUGUACUUGACUGCUCUAUAUUUGUUUAUCAAUAAGUCCGUGGGAGCUCGUGACUCAAACUCACAACCUUAGCUUGAAGUGAAAGUGAGGAUUUUUUUAUUUUUUUUGUGGGUGUGUUUUUCAACUUUCAAGCUCUUUGUUUCUUACCAUAAUAUUACGAAGUCUUUUAAAGACGAGUAUGCCGCCGUCAUUUUCAUGGUUGUAAAGGGAAAACAUUUCAUUUUGAAAAUUGUGAACUUCCUAUUCUGCAAAAAGAAGUGGGAUUACACUAGGUACAAGGUACCUUCUUGUUUGUGGAAAAUUUCAGUAGCUUAAUUGGUUGAUUGUCCGAA